UUUGUGGUUUUCGGCUAACCAUUUUCAUUAUCCUCUUCCCCUCUACUCUUGUUGUGUUGUUCUUCUUUCACACUUUCGUUUUAAUCGAAGCUAUUCAUAUAACCCUACUUUUAUCUUACUAACGGAGUAUGAUCGACGAGUAUAUACGGAAAAGCCUUAUACGAAUCUUUUGAUUGACAGCGGCAGUUGAACUCUGGUCAUUCCGCGGCUUCAUCUCUAUACCGUCGAUUUAAUCAGUUUAAUUGAGUGAAUUUCGAGUGGCUUGAUGUUCUGUUUCUUCUCUGCCAUUAUGCCUAGCUUGAUUCAAUGAGGCUGCUGUUAGGUUCCGAUGCUUCUCAUUAGAUAUGGCUUCUGCUCCAAAUUUUUCAGUGUCUGUAGAAUGUGUGAGUAUAUGUAAGUAUCCAAAAGGGGAUGGGAGUGGAAGAUAUGAUUGUAGUCCGAUUCCGUGUGCGUGGAAGGCUCCAAGGGCCUUGACUGGCUUGCUAGCUAGCACUGCUAAUUCCUCGGCUUUGCAUGUACAGAGUGGAAGAAAAAUUCGUCGUGGCCAUAGAUGUGAGGCUGCUGACAUGAGAGCCAGGUUAUCCUUUGAAGCUUUGGAUGACUUCCCUCCACGAAGACUUGUGAGGUCAAAUUUGCUCCAUCUUGCUUGUAGGAAAUGGGCAGUGAGUUGUUCUUCAUCGUUUCCUUCAGGAUAUGAUGAGGUUUCUCCUGAACGUUUGUGGAAGGAUCUUCAACCUGCUAUUGCAUACCUUACUUCCGAUGAGUUAAAAUUAGUGCAAGCUGCUCUAAAUCUGGCUUUUGAGGCACAUGAUGGGCAAAAAAGACGAAGUGGAGAACCCUUUAUCAUUCACCCUGUUGAAGUUGCAAGAAUUCUGGGAGAACUUGAAUUGGACUGGGAGUCAAUUGCUGCUGGUUUAUUACAUGACACGGUUGAAGAUACAAAUCAUGUUACUUUUGAAAAAAUAGAGAAGGAAUUUGGUGCAACUGUUCGUCACAUUGUUGAAGGAGAAACUAAGGUGUCAAAACUCGGCAAGCUGAAGUAUAAAAAUGAAAGUCAUUCAGUACAAGAUGUGAAAGCACAUGAUCUUCGACAAAUGUUUCUAGCCAUGACUGAGGAGGUCCGAGUCAUAAUUGUCAAAUUAGCAGACAGAUUACAUAAUAUGCGGACUCUUUCACAUAUGCCUUCACAUAAGCAGUCCAGCAUUGCAAUGGAGACACUACAAGUUUUUGCUCCUCUUGCAAAGCUCCUUGGAAUGUACCAAAUUAAGUCUGAGCUUGAGAAUUUGUCCUUCAUGUACACAAACCCUCAAGAUUAUGCUAAAGUCAAGAGACGAGUUGCAGAACUCUGUAAAGAACAGGAGAAAGAAAUUGAAGAGGCAAAUAAAAUUUUGAUUAAGAAGAUUGAAGACGAUCAGUUCUUAGACCUUAUGACUGUGAAAACUGAAGUGCGUUCUGUCUGUAAGGAACCUUACAGCAUCCAUAAAUCUGUACUCAAAUCCAAAGGUUCAAUCAAUGAAGUUAAUCAAAUUGCACAGCUGAGGAUCAUAAUCAAACCCAAGCCUUGUGUUGGUGUAGGGCCUUUAUGUAAUGCACAACAGAUUUGCUACCAUGUCCUUGGGCUGGUACAUGGGAUCUGGACCCCCAUACCUCGAGCUAUGAAAGACUACAUUGCAACCCCAAAACCCAAUGGUUAUCAGAGCCUUCAUACUACUGUAAUUCCAUUUCUUUAUGAGAGCAUGUUUCGUCUAGAAGUUCAGAUUAGAACUGAAGAGAUGGACUUGAUAGCAGAAAGAGGUAUUGCUGCUCACUACAGUGGGAAAGUUGUUGUUAAUGGCUUAGUCAGGCAUACAGUGGCUAAUGACAGAUACUUGAGAGGGAAACCAGUCUGCCUUAACAACGCAAAUGUAGCCCUCAGGAUUGGGUGGCUGAAUGCGAUUAGAGAAUGGCAAGAGGAGUUUGUUGGAAACAUGAGCUCUAGAGAGUUUGUAGAUACAAUCACCAAGGAUCUUCUAGGUAGCCGUGUCUUUGUAUUUACGCCAAGGGGAGAGAUUAAGAAUUUACCCAAGGGAGCAACUGUCAUUGACUAUGCUUAUAUGAUACACACUGAUAUUGGGAACAGUAUGGUAGCUGCAAAGGUCAAUGGCAAUAUUGUUCCUCCCUUGCAUGUGCUUGCAAAUGCAGAAGUUGUGGAGAUAGUGACAUAUAACGCCCUCUCGAGCAAAUCCGCUUUCCAGAGGCACAAGCAGUGGUUGCAACAUGCAAAAACACGAAGUGCAAGACACAAGAUUAUGAAAUUUUUGAAGGAGCAGGCGUCUCAGUCUGCGAGUCAGCUAACAGCGGACUCGGUGAGGGAGUUUCUUGCUGAUUCGGGUGAUGAUAGUGAAGUGGAAGAGGUAGUAACAGACUACUCUAAAGGGAUCCAACACACGUGGGAGAAGAUUGUCAUGAAUGUCAUGGAAAUGUCAUCCAUGAAAAUGAUGGGUGCAGAUCUUUUCCAGUUAAAGAACAGCAGUAGUAGUAGUAGUAUUAAGGUUCCCAAAGUCAACGGAAAUCAUAACAAACAAGUGAGUGUUAGUUUGAAGGGCAAGGCAGUGUAUGAGGGGAAUGGCUUUGCUAAUGCUAAGAUGAUGAUCCAUAAGGAAGCGGUGUUACCUGGUCUUGAAAGCUGGCGUGAUGGGAAAAUUUCCUCAUGGACUGAUUUUGAAGGACAUUCUAUCCAAUGGAUGUGCGUUGUUUGUAUUGAUAGAAGAGGGAUGCUUGCUGAUAUCUCAAAGGCAUUGGGUGAUGUUGGUGUCACAAUUUGCUCAUGUGCGGCUGAGGUUGUUAGGGGAAAAGGAAUGGCAGUUAUUCUGUUCCAUGUUGAAGCAAGGUUUGAGAACAUGGUGAGUGCAUGUUCACAGGUUGAUUUGGUCCUUGGAGUUUUGGGAUGGUCCACCGGCUGCAGCUGGCCUGGAGUAAAAAACACCCACCAAUUACGAGAAUGUUGAUAGCAAGUUUUGUUCCGCUUGGAAUACCAAGAUUCUUUAUACGCUCUUUUUGGUGUAUAUAGUUUGUCAUAUUUAUAUAUAUAUAUAUAUUAUAAUCCAAAUAAAUAGAGACAGGUGGACUGUAUAUAAAGGAAGAGAGAAGGAAUUAUACAUGUAAAAAUACUUCCAAUGAUAAUGGAGGUUUACAAAUUA